CGGACAAGUUGCCAUUUUCCCUUUUCCAAACCUCCCCACACUCCAUUUCGGAUACAGGAAAGGAUUGCUGGGUUUCCCUCUCACACGUUCUCUUCGCAUACGCUUUGUACACUCUGAUCAGCACAGUCAGCGACAUGGCUGAUCCUACCAACAAUGAUCUCUCGUACCUUUCGGACACGUUCGACGCUAACAAGCUCAAAAUUCAGGAGCUCAGGUCCAUCCUCAGCAAACACGGGGUCGAUUCACCCAAAGCGAAGAAGAAGGCCGAUUUCGUCGAACUGUUCAAUAAAAACAUCACUCCGAAGAAGGACAAGUUGCUGAAGGAGGCGACGAAGCAGUAUGGCAAGCCGCCCAAGCAGUUGGCUUUGGGAGAGGAAGUCCAGUCGAAGGGUGGAGUGGGGAGUAGCAAGCAGACUGCAAAGGAGGCAAAGACGGUGGUGAAUACACCGGUCACCCCGAGGAGGACGACAAGGAGAUCCAUCGUGGCAUACUCGAGCAGCGAGGACGAGGGCGAACCGGAAGUCAUUCAGCCGCGCGGGAAAGGAGGCAAGAAACCUGUGGUGCAGGAGGACGAAGGUGAAACGAGCCCUUUCUCGGACACCAACGUGUUCCAAGCGAGCGCAAGCCCUUUACAAGAGGCUCGUAAAGCGAAGCUCACGAAGAAAAAGGCCGCCGCUGCGACAAAGGAACCCGCUGCUGUGGUGCAGCCUGAGGACAGCGAGGCGGAGAAGUAUAUUGGGGGGCCGAAGCUGGAAAGAACUCCGGUGAAAACUGCGCGCAAGACUCGUCACUCUGUCGCUGGUGGUGAGACACAUCCUCCCGAACCAUUUACGUUCAAGAAAUCGUUUGAGCCCACGCUGGAGAAUGUGGAUGACGAGACUGUUGUCGAGACGCCUGAGCCUCCACGAGCUACAUCGUCGCGACGCAAAACGUAUGGAGGCGAAGGUAUCCCUGCUGCCGCGAGCGUGAGGAAACGAGGUGGACGCAAAUCGAUGGCCGCGCAAGCGCUGAAGCCCAGCUCAGAUGACGAUGUUGUAGAAGAGAUCACUGCCGUUGAGUCAGGCGAGGAAGAUACAGAGGACAAAGCUGAAGCUGGCGCGUCUACUGGAGUCUCCACCCCAGCGAGAUUCAUGUCCAUCCCGCCGUUGACUCCAGGCGCCGUCGCCUCCUACUCCGACCAACCACUCACGAGCGUUCCGCCUCCGUUGACCAGCCCGUCCGGCAGCGAAGACUGGUCCACCUUUUCUCCCCGCAAAGAUGCUCCUUCUGACUCCGUCGCUAGGAAGAAACGUCAAACCAGCACCUUCAGGCGACGAAGCACCGUGCCUCCCCCGAAGGUCGAUCGGCUCUUCGUUGCGUUGUGCGUGUUCACCGUCGUGGCGAUGGGCUUCAGUCACUGGUAUUGGGAAGCUCGCGAUGUCAUUGGAUACUGCGAUCCCCUUAAUCCCGCGAAGAAUGAAGGACCAUACACCGGUUACAACCCUCUUGGAUUCGUUCUUCCUACUUGCAAAGACUGUCCCCCGCACAGUGUUUGUGUCGACAAGACGAUCUUGUCAUGUGAGCCCGCAAACUAUACCACGGAAGUCAACAUUCUCGCUCGACUUUUACCCACAAAGCUCCUGCCGUUCCCAUUGGAUCAACCGAGUUGCGUCAAAGACUUACGUAAACAGCGCGAAGAGCAGAAACGUGACCAGCAUGUGGAGACCCUUCUCACUGUUCUCAACACCGCCGUUCGAACCUGGGUGGGAACCGCAGAGUGCGGUGGGUUCGUCCCCGAAAUCACCGACCCCGUACGCUCCCACCGAACGGGACAUGUCCUUGGCAUGCCCUGGAGCCUUGCAAAACAAAAUCUGCGUAACGUUAUCGGCCGAAAGUGGGAUGACACCAAAUUCGACACAUACUGGAACUACGCGAUCGGCAGGAUCCGCCACCCCGACCCCGACCACGUUGUACCCUUGUUGACGGAGGUGAUGGACGAAGCCAACCGAACCCGUUUAUUCCAAUCCCGAGAGCCCCCUAUCAUGUCGCUCACGUGCCGUCUUCGUCGAUCCAUCUGGGAGACGUCGAAGACUUACUGGAUGCAGUUAUCGGGAAUGGGCAUCACGGUUGUCUUCUUUGUUUGGUUCUGGUUCAAGCGCCAAACGGUCGCCAGGGAAGCCCGCAUCGUUUCUCAGCUCGUGGAAGAUGUCCUCGACGCGGUGAGCGAGGAAGCCGAAAACAACCGUGUUGACCCUGUUCGAUACCCGAUGCCCGGCAUGGCCGUCGCCCAGUUGAAGGAUUUCUUCCUGGUCCCACAUACCAUCCCCGGCCUCACUCCCAUCGACACCUCGUCCCACUCCCACGAACAAAGUGUGGUAGACGAAGCCAGCGGCCGAACCCGCUUCUACGUCCCCGAUGAAAGCACCCGCGACAGAAUCUGGGAUAACGUCACGAGGCUGGUGGAGAAGAACAGCGGCCUGAGGGAGACGGUGAUGGAGAUCCGAGGCGAGUCGCACCUCGUCUGGCAGUGGAUAGGCAGUGCCGCGUUGAGCCCAAGGAAAAAGGUCGCCGCGCCUCAUCGGGAGAGGUCGGUCAGUCCGGCGCGCAAGCUCGAUUUCGGGGCUGGUGCUUCCGGUGCGGGAGAGGGCGGUUCUGGGCGCUCCAGCGAGGCCGAGCCCUUAUUGCACAGCGCUAGUUCGUCCCCUGGGAGAGCGGCGGUGGCGAUGGUUGGGAACGUUAUGAAUAAGGUGGAGAAGAUCGUCGAGCGGGCCGGUGGGAGGGGUAGUGGUGUGUAUCCUGAGAAUUAAUGAGACGGACGUCACGAAACGUCAACGUAUAUAUAGAAAAUGCGAGAGGCAGAGGCUACAUCUGCUUUGUAUAGUAUUCGGGGGUGUUUUUCUGUAUAUCAUCGCUUCAAAAUAGUAAGCAAAUCGCGUGAGA